CGGAGGUGAAAAGGCUGUCCGCCUAUCGUUACCUCGCUCUCCUCACUCCUACUCCUCUGUAGCUCUGCACCCACUCUCCUUCUCCGUUCCUCCGCACCUCCCUUCCACCUCCGCUCCUCGGCGCCUAUCUCCGUGCACCAUGGCGUUGUCUCCGUUCUUCUCUGGAGAUUCGAGUUUGUGGGCGAUGCCGGAUUCCAUGAGGCAGAUGAUGUCGCUGGGCGACGAGAUGUUCCGCAUGCUGGACGAGCCCGGCCGCACGUUCGUCAGGGAAUCGCGUGCCAUGGCCAACACCGCGGUGGACGUGAAGGAGACGCCGACGGCGUAUCAGUUCGUGGCCGACUUGCCGGGACUCAGUCGCGAGGAGGUGAAGGUGCAGCUGGAGAACGGCAACACGCUGGUCAUCAGCGGCGAGCGCCAUCGCGAGACGAAGACGGGAGAGGCUGCUGGCGACAAGUACCACCGCAUCGAACGCAGCACGGGCAAGUUCAUGCGCCGAUUCACCCUGCCUGACAACGCGGAACUCGACAAACUUGGCGCGCAGUGCAAAGAUGGCGUACUCACCGUGACGGUGCCCAAGAUGCCGCCGAAGGAACCGGAGAAGCCCAAAGUCUUCGACGUCCAGAUCAGCUAGACUAGGGAUCCCUCCAGUUGAAAUGCCUCGCUCAAUCCGAGAGU